GUAGUAGUGUGCUUUGCCUUUUGGUUUCAGCCAUUCCUUCUGAUUUUUUGUGAUAAAUAUUGGCCCCUCCCUGCCGUUCUCUUCUUCUACAAAUAACCCAAAAUUGCUUAUCUAGACUCCAUUAUCAGUUCUAGCUCUCCUCUUCAAAAUAAUAGUUUCUCUUCCCUUCAUCUCCUCACUUCUAUAAACUAUUUAGAGCAUAUCUUCAUCACUUCAUCUCCCUCACUUAGCUUCUUCUUCUUCUUCUUCUUCUUCUUUGUCAAUUAAUUACUACUUACUACUUCACAUUCUUUUUCCCUGUUAAUUUCUUGAUUAGUUUAAAUCAAAAAACACUAUACGCCCUCGAAUUGAGCUCACACGGUCUCAACAACACUCCUAAGUGGCUAAGUGUGAAGUGAUCAGGCCAGCUCGAUCACCAUCUCGAUCCGUCUUCUUCUUCAUUUCUUCGGAGCGCACAUUUUACUUAUAGGAGCUACAUUAUUCAUUAUUCAUUAUUGUGAAAGCUCUCAAGUGAUCAAGCUCAUCGUCUUUUUAUACUAUCUCCCUGGAUUCUUCAGGUUACUAUUCGGAGCAUUUUAAUUGUCAGCUACAUCUCUAAAGGAAAAUUUUACGGUUAAUCAAUACAAAAUGGGUUAUAGAGACAGUUUAUUUAAGUGGGUUCUUAUUUUACCGUCUCUGGUUUUUCUUUCGUGUGAAGUAUACGGGGACAGUUUCAGGAUAAAUUGUGGAUCACGUCGUAACAUUAGUAUUAAUAAUAGGGUAUUCAUCGCCGAUACUUAUGCCUCUGAAUAUCUUGCUACGAUAUCGAAUUCUACAAUAGCCAAUAAUUAUGCCGGUAAUAAUUUGGGGUUGUACCAGACAGCAAGGGUUUUUAGUGGGAAAGCCGAGUACAAGUUUCCAAUUAGUCAGACGGGAAGGUAUUUCAUCAGGUUUUACUUCCACCCUUUCAUUUAUGGUGUGCAUGAUUUAAGCACCGCACGUUUCACAGUCAUUGCUCAACAGUUCACGCUUCUUCGUGAUUUUAGGCCUUCACGAUUCCCUACUAUAAAAGAAUAUUAUGUUAAUGUGAACUCUGAUAUUGAGAUUAUUUUGAAUUCUACCUCGAAUUCAGUGGCUUUCUUGAACGCGUUGGAAGUGUUCUUACUCCCCAACGAUUUGAUCAAAGACAAUGCCACCCUUGUUAGUCCACGUAGAAGCUACAGUGGACUCGUAGAUGUUGCUUUCGAAACUCUUUAUCGAGUGAAUAUGGGAGGACCAAAUAUUGUUGACGCUCUUUGGAGAACAUGGGUCCUAGAUGAGAAAUUCUUAGACAACAAGAAUUUUUCGACGUCGAUCCACAACACCACAGUGGUUCGUUAUGCCGAGAGAGGACUAGCUACCAGAGAUGACGCACCUCCUGACGUAUAUGGAAGUUGCAGAAGGCUUAAGAUUCAUGUUAGUCCAGUGGUAGAUUUCAAUGUCUCGUGGACAUUUGUUGUGGAUCCAGGUUUCCGAUAUUUCCUCAGAUUUCACUUUUGCGAUAUUGUAAGUACAUCUCCGUACGAACUGUAUUUCAAUGUGGCUUUAGAUGCAUGGGUAGUUUCUUCAAACUUGGACCUUACAUAUCUAAGUAAUGGGAAAUUGGAUACUCCUAUUUACCUAGAUUUUGUCACCCCGGUCGUUGUUCAUAACAAAAUUCAUGUAAGCAUUGGACCAACCACAGACAAUGGGAACCAAGCCGAUGCUAUCUUGAACGGGUUGGAGAUAAUGAAAAUGAGUGAUAUCGACACCUUAAGUCGACCAACUAUUCCACCCCCAUUGCAAUCAAGUUUCAACAAUAAGACUCGUCCACCCCAAUUGCAGUCAAGUUCCAAGAAUAAGACUCGUGUUAUAGUGGGGACAAUUAUUGGGGUUAUUGUUCUCCUUGUUUUGGCCUCUUUGUUUGUUGUCCACAAAAGGAGAAGUGUUGUUGGUGAAGGUCAAUCUAGGACCUCGGUUUCGGUUGAACUUGCUACAGGUUCUGUCACAACCGGAAGCAUGGUCAGCUCUACAUCUUCUACCCUUGUCAAGCACUAUUCUUUUGCAGUCAUUCAAGCGGCCACCCACAAUUUUGCCGAAGAUCAAAUCAUUGGUCAGGGUGGUUUUGGAAAGGUGUAUAGGGGUAACUUUGGUGAAGGAGACGUUGCCAUUAAACGACGCCAUCCUAACUCUGAGCAGGAUGAUGAUGAGUUUCGUGUUGAAAUUGAGUAUCUCACAAAAUUUCGACACAAGAAUGUGGUCACUCUCAUAGGGUAUUGUGAUGAACACCAAGAGAAUAUCUUGGUGUAUGAGUACAUGCAAGAGGGGACUCUACAAAGUCAUCUCUACGGCAAGGGGAAACCAAGCCUGAGUUGGGAGCAGAGGCUCAAUAUCUGCAUAGGCGCUGCCAAGGGCUUGCAAUAUAUUCACGAGGGGACCGGAAAACCAUUAAUUCACCGGGAUAUCAAGUCUGCAAAUAUUUUGCUUGAUAAGGGUUUCGAGGCCAAAAUUGGAGAUUUUGGGCUUUCCAGGUUUCCGGUUGACAACAAGUCCCAUGUGAUUACGGCAGGUCCAAAGGGUACUAUUGGAUAUAUGGAUCCUUCCUCUAUCAUUAGUGGGAAAAUUAGUCAUCAGACUGAUGUUUAUUCAUUCGGGGUGGUCCUGCUAGAGGUUCUGUGUGGAAGACCCGUUGUUGUAGACAAGAUGCAUAUAACUAAAUGGGUUAAGGACAACAGAGAGAAAUCACAUCAAUUCAUUGAUGUGGCACUUGAAGGACAGAUAAAGUCAGACUGUCUAGAAAGUUAUCUAAAAGUUGUUGAAGACUGUUUGGUUGAUGCAACCGAGAAAAGACCUUCAAUGUUAAAAAUCUUAAUAAGGUUAGAUGAAGUGUUGAGCAAGACUACAACCUCAUAUAUUCCUCCAGAAGCUGCCAGUAGCUCAAGAACAGAGCCUCUUAUUUCCGCGGACUUAACUUUACCUGCCUUGUUGUCAAAAUGGAUGCUUGAAGAUGCCAGUAAUACUAGUUCAACAAGGGAGAGCAAAGGAAAAACACCAAUUAGUGGAGCUAACUGAUAUUUCAGAAGAAGAAAUUUGACAACAGCAACCAUACAAGCAAGAAGAAGAAAAGGAAUGGCUAUUGGUGUUACAGGUUGAAUUUUAUCAAACCACUGUCAGGAAGGACCAUGCUAAAACUCUUUGUAUGAUACUUCAUUUGUAUAAUGUGCUCACGGACGGUGAUGCAGUUUCUGUGGUGAAUCUGAAGACAUUGCGCAUGGGGAUGGAAGUCCUGUAUUUUUUCAACUAUUUGGAGUUUGGAUCCGAAGUCUGUGAAUGGAAUACACCAACUACGAUUUGCAGAAACAUGUUCAAAACUUGAACCCGGGAAGCAUGGGAUGUUUUAUCUGGAAGAACUUUCUUCAUCUCUGCGUAUGUUGGCAUGCAUCAUCUGGAAGAACUUUCAUCAUCUCUAGAGAGUGGUGGUGCCUGAUGGCCUCCAGUCCAAUAACAGUGAAUUCAACAAAGUUGGUGCGCGACUUUCUAGAAUGUGUAGACAAGAAAUCAGUGUGCUCCUCCAAUGCAAUUAUGCAAGUUGAGGUGAAAUCAGACAUUCAGACAUGUUAUCACAACUUUGCAGUAUGGUUGUCAGGGACAAGAGAUGAAGGUGCUUAUAUCAUCUGAGAAACGCGCCUCUGAUUUUAGAAAAUCUCAUGGUUGUGGUCAAAAGGAUGCUGGAUCCUUUCUGGCAUACGGUAGGGAUCAAACACUAGCUAUGCUUCACAGACUUGAGUAGUAUUUACGACAUAAAAGAGACUCGAUCUGAGUGUAAUAUAUAUGUCACAUAGUAAGCAUCAAUAACGACUGAAGUCAUAUUGUUGGCUUGGUUUUGCUGAAAAUAAUGAUGUAAAACUAAGUGCUGGUAAAUGAUAAUCGUGAAUAUAAGGAGACAGCUACAUGAGUAAUUGAUUGUUGAGUUUUGCUUCUGUCCAAGACCUCUGUGUUUUCAACAUUGUUUUUUUCUUCCACCUGGUGGAAAGGAUAUCAAGAGCUUACAGAGUUGCAUUUCGAGAGACAUUCCUGUAUUCUGUGGACUUCAACCUUCAGAGAUAAAGAUGAUAUUCUGCCUACAUUUUGUUAGUGAGUGUAAAUGUGUAAUUAUUAAUUUUCAUAUGAAUCAUAACUCACUUAUUGCCAUAAGUAUUUUUAUCAUCUGUGACUUUUGUUCCUUUUUAUAUGUAUAAAAUGGUGGAAACUGAUUACAAUGGUUGCAUGCUUAAUUGUUUGCAAGGUACUGA